AUGGAUGGCGUAGGUGCCUGUAGUUUUAUGGACCUUGCAAAAUCUGCUUUGCAGAACAGUUUACUCCAAAACUAUGGGCGUGUUGGUGUCGUCACCAAAGCCUGGGAUCACUUGCAGACACACCUUCGUUGUUGUGCGAUCGAGGACCGCGGUUGGUCCGAAUACAAAGAUUCCUUCUGGUAUCUUGAUAGAAACCAUGAUGCUUUCAAUUCAGUCAAAAUUAUACCAGUUUACUACUACACUUGA